CUGCGAGCCGGGCGUGUGGCCCCGUGCGCCCCAGCUGCUUCCGGUGCGGCCGCCCGUGUCAGGGCAGCCAGUCCCCUGCCUCCGGGCUGCCGGUCUGUCGUCUUCUCGCCUCACGUUUGCCUUUAGGGGCGAACGACCCCCAGUCUCUCUCUGCAUCCUAGAAAUUGACCGUCGUUCCUAGUUGUUACUGCAAGUGUGGCUGCAGGCUUCAGCCCCGGCCGGGUCAGCCACAGCAGAAAUGUCAGAAAAGGAGAACAAUUUCCCCCCGCUGCCUCGGUUCAUCCCGCUGAAGCCCUGCUUCUACCAGAACUUCUCCGACGAGAUCCCCAUCGAGCACCAGGUCCUGGUGAAGAGGAUCUACCGGCUGUGGAUGUUUUACUGUGCCACACUUGGGGUCAACCUGGUCGCCUGCCUCGCCUGGUGGAUCGGCGGGGGCUCAGGAGCCAACUUCGGCCUGGCCUUUGUGUGGUUGCUGCUCUUCACGCCCUGCGGUUACGUAUGCUGGUUCCGGCCCGCCUACAAGGCCUUCCGGGCCGACAGCUCCUUUAACUUCAUGGCGUUUUUCUUCAUCUUCGGAGCGCAGUUUGUCCUGACCGUCAUCCAGGCCAUUGGCUUCUCAGGAUGGGGUGCAUGUGGUUGGUUGGCAGCGAUUGGGUUCUUCCAGACCAGCGUGGGGGCUGCCGUGGUCAUGCUGCUCCCGGCCAUCAUGUUCUCCCUGUCUGCUGCCAUGAUGGCCAUCGUGAUUAUGAAGGUGCACAGGAUCUACCGAGGGGGUGGCGGAAGCUUCCAGAAGGCACAGACGGAGUGGAACACAGGGGUUUGGCGGAACCCGCCAUCAAGAGAGGCACAAUACAACAACUUUUCAGGGAACAGCCUCCCCGAGUACCCCACUGUGCCCAGCUACCCGGCCAGUGGCAGCCACUGGCCCUAGAGGGCGCCAGCCAGCCCUGCCGCUGCCCACUGCCUCCCUCCACUGCCUUGUCCAGAGAGUCUGACUGUCUGUCCCCAUGGCCCUCCCAGGAGGGCCCCAGUUGGGGCCAGGGACCCUGUGUUCAUCUCACUCCCAGAGCAGAGCUCCUUGCGAGCACUGCCUGGCAGAACACCCUCUGGAUCCUGGAAACACGUCACCUUGACGCCCCCUCGAGGCAGCCACAGCCUUGUCUCUCCUGGUCACAGAGGCCCGACCUGCUGGAGCCCCCAGAGAAGGUGGAAGUGACCUGGCCUCGGCUCCAUCUCGCGCCCACUGCCCUGCACCCUGUUACCAGGGCAGCCACCAUGAUCCAGGAGGCGGCCUCACAGUGCCAGGCUUUCUGUCCCCUGUGGUGACAGAGGGGCCUGGUCUUUGAUAUUCUCGUCAUCUCCCAAGUCCCCAUCGCUCUGCGUCUUGACGGCCCUUGGCGACCAGCGCAUGGAUGGCCAGAGGCAGAUCCACCCCCUCAGCCUGGCGGAGUAUGUGCUGCCCCCCCAGGCUCUCCCUGCGCCUCUGCCUGAGGGUGUAAUUGUGGGGACACCCUCCCCUUUCUGGCCGGUGACCUUGGGCAAGACGCGCCUGUGCCCUAAAUCCAGGACCCAGUUGCUGUGGUGGAGGAGAGAGGCUCCCCCAGACCCAGCAACCCUAGAGGAAAACAGUUGCCAUCUCCAUGGAGCCCAUGGGGCCACAUAUCCCCAGCACAGGAGGGUGACACCAGAACCCAGAGCCUCCUGCUGAGACAUCGGAGCGGAAGAACCUUUUUCUCAGUCUGUGGGAAGUGGACACGGUUUCUCAGGAGACGAAGCCCAACUUCUUUUCCAAGGAGUUGAGAAGUGACACAUCUCUGUGCCUUAUCGAGGAAUUUCAGCAAACGUCACUAUUGUCUUUCAGUCCUUCUAACUCUCUACAAGGCAAUUUUGUCUGAGUUGAAAGAGCUAAAACGCAUCUCAAGCAUUUCCAUGGGACCUUUGAUAACAGGCCAAAAACAAGCCUUUGCUGAGUCUCCUUUCGUUGCUCACCAGCUAUGACCUGGGGCACCCUGGGCCACUGCCCUCCAACCCCCGACAUCCCCCGCAGGACAGGGGCCUCCCAGCACCCGCCAUGUGCCCCACACUCAUUUGCUUUGGCUGCUUGUGCCAAACACCCUUGGUGCCCAAAGGUGGCCACGGAGCCCGGGUUAGGGGGAAGGCAGCGGGAUAGGAAACCCGCCAGCCGAGGAUCCGUGCCUUGGGUCGCCUGUGUCCUCAUGUGACACCUUCAGCUGACCCCCAAGAGGCACCUGCUCGGCUGGCCAGGAGGCCACAUGUCAACCUACCCUGGGCUACUGGUGGCAGGUGCAGACGUCUUAGGGUACCUGGCAGUCCCCACCCGCCCCGCUGCGCUUUGGCCCUCAUAGCAAUGUGGGGGUUUUUGUUACAUGAACAUACUUGGAAAUAAAUAUUUCUGCAUCAGAUGGAGUACAGG